AUCGAACGGAAGGUUUUUACAUCGGCAGGAAGACAUACUGUAGAUCAUCAAAGCAGACAAAGCAGGUGUCAAAAUGACAGUUAAUCUAGUUUCUCUACUAACAUUGAUUGUACUGGGUGAAAUAACGGUCAUAGAUGGUUUACUCACUCAGCGCAAACUUGACUACAUCGCUGACAAUCUGGGCAUCACAUAUGAAGUUGUCAGUAACUUCGUGCCCAAUGAUGCGACAUACACAGGGAAAAUCACCUUUAAGAAUUCUGGUAAUAAGGUUAUACAUAAUGAUGCAUGGGCCAUAUAUUUUUGCCAUAUUAAGAUAAUAGAAGAGCCAAAAAUCUACAAUGGAAAUUACAUGUACAUAGAACCAAAUGGAUACACUGACCCCAAGACUGGUGCAAAAUGGUCCCAUGUAAAUGGUUGUUUGUUUAAACUCGAACCAACU